AUGGAGGAGCGCGGGGACCUCCUGCCAGCGCGCCAACCGACGUCGUCCAUGUGGAGCGUCAGCGCCUACGUGCUUCUGCUCGAGCUCGACGACGCGCUCACGUACUAUGGGAUUAGCCAAGGCUUUAAGAAUUUUAUGCAGGCCAAGCUCGGCUAUUCGCAGGUCGGCGCCAGCUCGCUCCGUAGCACGUGGACGAGCUUCUGCGACAUUGUUCCGCUGACAUCGGCGUACGUGGCCGAUGAGCACCUUGGACGCUUUCGCGCCAUCUUGCUGGCUGGCACUUGGUACGUCGGCGGCAUCUGCUUCUUGGUGGUCGCGUCGCACCCCGUCGUGCUCACCGAGGACAAUGCUGCGGCCAACGCGAUUUCCGCAUUGCGAUCUUCUUUGGCAUCGGUCUUGGCCACAGCGGCUUUGCCUCGAACGUGUUACUUUUACCUGAGCAUGAACGUCGGGUCGACCGUCUCGUUCUUGUACCUCGCCUACCUCUGCGUGCACCCAAUCGUACCACCGGAGGCGGGGUACUUAGCCACCUUUGUCUUGUGCGGCGUCGUGCUUCUUUUGACGCUCUUACACAGUCGCACCGGUACAGGACUCGUCUCGCUCCUCCAAGAUACGAAAUGCAAGUAG